AUGGCUCCCCACGCAAGCUCGGAUGCUGCUGCCAAUGGCGCCGUGAACGGGUCGGGUCGUACCACCACCACCGGUCCUCUUUUCACCGUCAACUCGCCCAACGUUGAGUACACUGACAACGAGAUCAAGAGUCAGUAUGCUUACCACACCACUGACAUUACUCGCAAUGCCGACGGUAAGAUGGUUGCCACUCCCAAGGUGACCAACUACCAGUUCAAGGUCGACCGCAAGGUCGGCAAGGUCGGUAUGAUGCUGGUCGGUUGGGGUGGAAACAACGGAUCCACGGUGACUGCUGGUAUCCUUGCGAACCGCCGCCGCCUCGUCUGGGAGACCCGCGAAGGCGAGCGCGCUGCCAACUACUACGGCUCCGUUGUCAUGAGUUCCACCGUCAAGCUAGGUACCGAUCGCAAGACGGGUGAGGAGAUCAACAUUCCGUUCCAUGACAUGCUCCCGAUGGUCCACCCCAAUGAUCUUGUCAUUGGCGGUUGGGACAUCAGCAGCAUGAACAUUGCCGAUGCCAUGGAUCGGGCGCAGGUUCUUGAGCCAUCCCUCAAGCAGCUGGUCCGUAAGGAGCUGGCCGAGAUGAAGCCCUUGCCCAGUAUCUACUAUCCCGAUUUCAUUGCUGCCAAUCAGGAAGACCGUGCAGACAAUGUCAUCGAGGGCGACAAGGCGUGCUGGGCUCACGUUGAGCGUAUCCAGAAGGACAUGCGUGACUUCAAGGCUCAGAACGGCCUGGACAAGGUCAUUGUCAUGUGGACCGCCAACACCGAGCGCUACGCUGAUAUCAUCCCCGGUGUCAAUGACACGGCAGACAACCUGCUGAACGCCAUCAAGGCCGGCCACCAGGAGGUCUCUCCCUCUACCAUUUUUGCGGUGGCUUGCAUCUUGGACAACGUUCCGUUCAUCAACGGAUCUCCCCAGAACACUUUCGUUCCCGGUGCUAUCCAGCUUGCUGAGAAGCAUGGUUCCUUCAUUGGUGGUGACGACUUCAAGUCGGGCCAGACCAAGAUGAAGUCUGCUCUGGUUGACUUUUUGAUCAACGCAGGUAUCAAGCUCACCUCGAUCGCCAGCUACAACCACCUGGGUAACAACGAUGGCAAGAACUUGAGCUCCCAGAAGCAGUUCCGUUCCAAGGAGAUCUCCAAGUCCAAUGUCGUUGAUGACAUGGUCGCGGCCAACCACCUCCUGUACAAGGAGGGCGAACACCCCGACCACACUGUUGUCAUCAAGUACAUGCCCGCUGUCGGUGACAACAAGCGUGCUCUGGAUGAGUACUACGCCGAGAUCUUCAUGGGCGGCCACCAGACCAUCAGUUUGUUCAACAUCUGCGAGGACUCUCUGCUUGCUUCCCCUCUGAUCAUCGACCUGGUUGUCAUUGCCGAAAUGAUGACUCGUAUCACCUGGAAGUCGACCGACGACGCCGAGUACAAGGGAUUCCACAGUGUUCUCAGCGUCCUGAGCUACAUGCUCAAGGCUCCUCUGACUCCUCCUGGCACCCCUGUUGUCAAUGCUCUCGCCAAGCAGCGGUCCGCUCUGACCAACAUCUUCCGGGCCUGUGUUGGUCUCCAGCCUGACUCUGAGAUGACCCUGGAGCACAAGCUCUUCUAG